AUUUGUUUCCAUUUCUAAGAUGUAUUGCGAAAAAGUGGCAAUGGUGAACUUGUGAAAAUUGCAGAUGUCCGCAACGGGUGAUGCAAAUUCGGAACGGAGUGAUCAAUCGCCGCCGCCGAUUUCACCUGACGCAGACGCUGAAGAAAUCCGUCGCCUGACAUGGAUGCUACGCCCGUGUGUGGCCUAUGAAACGGAGUAUAAGCAGUGUUCCGAGAUUGGAGGAAGAUUUCAUCAGUAUUUCGUUCAUGGAGAGAUAUUAAACUGCAAUCAGUGGUAUCACGACCAUCUGCAUUGCGUUCGGUGGACGAAAAAGGAGGACAUCACCGCUUUGAAAUCUUUGGUGGAAAGCGAGAAGAAGCGUCGAAGUGAUCGUCUUAAAUCACAUUACGAAAACGACGUGUGGGAGAAACGUGAAUCACCACCUUCCGACUGGUCCUCUCCUCUUCCGGAGUGGAUGGUGAAAAAGAUUGAGAAAUCUUUCAUCGCUCAUAAACGUGACGAAGUCAAUCGUGUUCUGCUGAGCGAAAAUCGAGUAGGCCGUCUGGAGGAAUCAUCGUGUACCAUUAUUUAG